GGACAGACUUUUUCUGAAUUUUAAAGUUUUGUUUUUUUUCUUUUGGAUUAGGAAACUAUUCAAAUUGGGAUCUGUCCGAUCCUUCCCACUUGUCUGCUUCCUACCUAUUCCUCCCCCUCCAGUCCGGGUACUGGGCCAGUCCAUCAGAUUGGCCCUCGAGUGACUCUUCAGACUUCGGGCACAGCAGUGCAUGUCACUGCUCACUCGAUCACAGACCAAGGCCAUGGACCGGAAGGCGGGAGAAUCCCUCCUGGCCUAUGAGGAACGCCUGGCGGCAUUCAUUCAGGAGGCCAACAAUAGGGCCACCGCCGCGGCCAAGGAACGUAAUCGGCUCGAACAAGAGGAGGAGGCCAAGCGACAGAAGGAGGAACAGGACCGACUUCGUCAAGAAGAGGCAGAGGCCAAGCGACAGAAGGAGGAACAGGACCGACUUCGUCAAGAAGAGGCAGACCUGCAGGCGGCAGCCGAACACCGGUCACGCCAGCGGGAACGACUGUUCACGCGGGAGACCGUGAUCGACGAUGAGGCCGCACAUUGGGUGGAAGUGACAUCUGCGGACGGGGCCCCGGAGACUGAGAAAGGGCUGUCAGCCCUUGCGCAGGUCUCCCACGACCUCGUGGCCACCUGCGCUCUGCAGCAGGAGGAAAUCCUUCACCUGCAGCAGACAGUGGACCAGAUGCUCGCACGGCUGCAGGCGUUGGAGAAACAGCCAGCUACUGUAGCAGCCGCAGGGCCUUCCACCCUUACCACCCGUGUGCAAGUUUUGGAGGAUGACGUCAGCAACAUCAAGCGUGUGCAUCAGGACUUCCGGACGUCGCAGUAAGCAACGAACUUGCAGUUGGAGACGCAGGUCCAGGCUGAUGCCACUGUGACGCCCGCCGCCGCACCCUCCCGGCGCCCACCCAAGCU